CCAGAACCAGAACCAGAACUAAAGCAAAGGCGGGGUUGAAGCUCUUCCAAUUUCUCCGAUGCCCGACUUCUAGGGUUUGAAGGAUCGAAGAGCGGAAUCCGGGGAUCCAAAUCCUCGGGACUGAGCAUGGCUUCCCGGCCUUUGCCUUAUUCGACAAGGGAUUUGCACUACGACAAUGCCAAAUUCCGCCAUAGAUCCCCAUUCAAGGUGAUUACACAGGCACUGGUUUCUAGUAAUGUCAGGCAUGAUUGUGGAAGAUGUAGUAUUGGUAAAUUUCUGAUAUUAUUGAUGUUUGGUGGAUUGACAUACUUAAUGUUAGUGCACAGAAGUUACAACCUGGAUACUCCUGCCUUUGAGAAAACUGACCAUGGUAGGGUAGGUAUUGGUAGAAUUGGAAAUUUUUUGAGAAAACCUCCAAGGCUCCCUCCACGGCUGUCUCCUGAUGAAGUGCGUAAUAUUAGUUCUAAUGUUGAAAUAGGCAAGCCAUCCACAGAAUCUGAAUGGAUAUCUCGGCAGGGAAAGGUCAAAGAGGCGUUCAUCCAUGCCUGGUCAGGCUACAAAAGCUUUGCAAUGGGAAAAGAUGAGCUUAUGCCAUUAACUAAAAGGGGUAUUGAUGGCUUGGGAGGAUUAGGUGCCACUGUUAUUGAUUCUCUGGAUACGGCCAUGAUAAUGGGCAUCAAUGAGAUUGCAGCAGAAGCUGGAACAUGGAUAGAAAAAAAUCUUAUGCAAAGAAUUAGAGAAAAAGGGCAGGUUAAUUUGUUUGAAACUACCAUACGAGUUUUAGGGGGCCUUCUUAGCGCUUAUCAUUUGAGUGGGAGUGAUAGCGGGAAGUCCCUACCUUCUAAAGGGCCUAAACGUGAAGUAUUUCUUGAAACUGCAAAGGGCUUGGCUGAUCGGCUGCUUGUAGCUUUUACUGCAAGCCCAACUGCCAUUCCUUUCAGUGAUGUAGUUCUUCGAGACCAAUCAGCGCAUCCAGCUCCUGAUGGCUUGAGCAGUACUUCAGAAGUUUCAACGUUGCAACUUGAAUUCAACUACCUUAGUGCUAUUACAGGAGAUCCAAAGUAUUCUGCCAAGGCAAUUAAGGUGUUAGAACAUAUGAGGACACUUCCCAAGGUGGAAGGCUUGGUCCCUAUAUAUAUCAGCCCUCAUUCUGGUCAAUUCAGUGGAGAGAAUAUUAGGCUGGGAUCCCGUGGUGACAGUUAUUAUGAGUACUUAAUUAAAGUAUGGCUUCAGCAAAAGGCUAGUCGUGAUGGGCAGCUAAAGUACUUGCAUGAGAUGUAUGAGGAAGCAAUGAAAGGUGUAAGACAUCUCCUUGUUCAGAAAUCUAUACCCAAGGGAUUGAUCUUUGUUGGGGAGCUUCCAUUUGGAACUAAAGAUUCCUUUAGUCCCAAAAUGGACCACCUGGUGUGCUUCCUCCCGGGAACCCUUGCUCUUGGGGCAACUAAAGGUAUAACAAAGAAAAAAGCAAUUGAACAGAAUUUGUUAAAUGCAGAAGAUAUGGAGAAUUUAAACCUUGCUGAAGAUUUGGCUAAGACUUGCUUUGAAAUGUAUGCUGUAACUUCCACUGGCCUUGCUCCUGAAAUUGCUUAUUUCCAUACUGAGGGUGCUUAUGAGGGAGGUCAUGAUGGUGGUAAUAAGAGUUCAGAAUAUAUAAAUGACAUAAUAAUCAAGCCCAAUGAUCGCCACAACCUUUUGCGACCUGAAACUGUAGAAUCUUUGUUUGUCUUGUACCGUAUUACAGAAGAUAUAAAAUACCGCGAAUGGGGUUGGCAAAUCUUCAAAGCCUUCGAAAAACAUACAAAGAUUGAUUCUGGGGGAUAUACUUCUCUGGAUGAUGUCACUACUUUACCCCCACGAAAAAGAGAUAAGAUGGAAACUUUUUUUCUUGGAGAGACUCUCAAGUAUUUAUAUUUAUUGUUUGGUGACACCAAUGUUCUUCCUCUGGAUAAGUAUGUGUUCAAUACAGAAGCACAUCCUUUCCCGAUUAUUGAGUCUACAGGCUAGUUUGAUAUUCUGAGCAAUUUUUCCAUUUCCGUCGGCUGCAAUGUCCGGGAAAUUCCAGCAUGAGAUUCAAGGGAACUCGAACAAUGUCUUCAUUAAUUGCCCGGAAACUCUUGCGUCCUCAGCUCUGGUGUUCAUAACCUGUAUACUGUAUACUGAGAGGGGCUACUUUACAUGAUUAUGCUAAAAGCUGCAAACUGAUGUUUUAUGGAAUCAAUUUUUGGUAUUCUGAUUCUUGUAGUCAUGGAAUAGCUAGCUCUACAUCAGAUUUGACCUUUUUGGAGUUGAUUCAUUCUGUGAUAGUUCUUGCCUUCUUUCAUAAGGUCAUGCAGUGUUAUUUUUGGAGCUGUUUGAUGA